AUGAACAAGCAGAUCGCUGCCGGCCACAAGCCCGCCGGACCUUUGCCGGAAGGAGCGCCUGGUGUGGGAGACACCUCGUUCAAGGCCCCGCGCGAUGUCCCUACCCGCGGACGCCGUCAUGCCGGCCGUGUUGCCUCAUCCCGCGUCAACGACGAUGCUGCCUUCGCUGACGACGAUGACGCCGCCGACUCUGAUUACAACGAGUGCGACGACGCCUGCGACGACGACGCGGACUCUGGCGAGGAGGAGGACAAGGGCAUGUCCCCCUCCGAGGAUGAAGUUGACGCCGAUGAGGACGUCGAUGAAGACGAAGACGCUCCCGAGGAGGCCCAGCCUGCGACCCCGGCUCCCCGUCGUGGCCGUGCCUCUGCCGCUGCGGGAACCAAGACUGCUGCGAAGGGCGGGGAACCUCCGCGUGCGGCUGCCACUACUCGCAACCUGCAUCCUGUUAAGCGAAGCGCGUGGUCCCCCCGCGAGAACACGAUCUUCGUGGCUGCACGUUGGUUCAUGACGGACGAGCUCGGCCCCCUCCUCGGGAAGCAGGGCGCUCAGUACUGGGCCCGCCUCGCGCACCAUCUCGAGCUGGAGAAUCCCGGGUGGGUGCGCGGCGUGAACGCGCUUCAGAAGCAGUGGCGCAAUCUCGUCAACAUGUACAAGCAGAUCAAGAAGGGGGAGAAGGCGAGCGGCAAGGGUGCCGUGUGCAAGCCCCACUGGUACCCGUACAUGGCUCUCUUCCAGAACAACAAGGCGGUCGGCAACCCUCACGCUGUCGACGAUGGAGGUGCGGCACACGUCAACGUGCCGUGCGGGUUCGCGGUUCCGUCCACUUCGGCACCCUCCAACUCUACGCCGACAUUCACUGCCCACGCGGACAACAUGACCGCAGCAGACGCCGCCGAAGGCGGCGACGACGGCUGGCUCCGUCGCAGGCAGACGGGCGAAGACACCUCUAACCCUGAUGCGGGUGAGGAGGUGUGGGUUCGCGGCGCCGCCGAGUCCUCCAACAGCAGAUGGUAUCUCCGCCGGCGUAGCGCAGCCCUUCUCUUCCGCUCGGCGGUACGGUUGGAGCCGGUAGAGCUGGAUGACGAGGACACCUCGUCGUUGAACACGUUCGCCUCCAGCAAGCCAACGACCGACUUGGCGACGGCGUCCAUGAAAAUGCCGUAG